AACUUUUCAAGUUUGCAACUAGUUUUGGAAGGGGUUCAGGUUUUUGUUUUUAGUGUCCUUUCUUCAUGAAGGAUAAUAGAUUUUCUAAAACCCUCUGUAGGUAGCAGAAAAGUUGAUGAUUAUGCAUGAAGAAUGUUUGGAAAGUAAUUAUCAGUCUAUUGAAAAAAUGAGGGCAGCCAAUCGUCCACCAGUUACUCACUUCAGACAGUUUAAUGAGGAGGAUGAGGAUGACGAAAAUGAUGGCAUGGGUGAGGAUAACACAACAAACAUGAUGGUAGAUUUGCCAAAGCCCCGGCCAAUUUCAAAUGUAGUUGAUACGUCAACUGAUGAACCAAAAACCAAGCAGAAGGCAGAAGCUGCAGAUGAUGGUUGGGUAGUGGUUUCUUCUAAACGAAAUAAGGGAAGAAAAAAUUAGGUUGCCUCUUUAAUUACCAUAUACAUUUCCCUCUUGUUUUUAUGAAACGACAUGUAUUUCGUUUGAUAUCUAUUUAUUAAUAUAUUUGUUCCUCUCUUUUGCUAAAUACCCUUUCUAUUCAUCAGUCUUUCUUUGGUUCUUGACUAGUUCCCCAGUGCCGCUGUUUUGAUUCAAAAUGCAAUUGGAUGUAGAAUAUUUUCAAAUAAAUUGCCAAAACCUGA